CCGCGUUGGUGUUUACCGAUGACGUACGAGCUGCUGCCGUGGAAAGAGAUGGCUAACGUCAGUUUACAGGACGAAUAUGUGAUAUAAAACGUGGAACUGAAAAGAAACCUACACAGUACAAAGCGGGUGUCAGCAUUUAAGACGGGGCCACAAUGUUGGAGUCCUAUGUAACGCCACUCCUGAUGAGCUAUGUGAACAAGUAUAUCAAGAAUCUGAAGCCAUCUGACCUGCAGCUGUCUCUGUGGGGAGGAGAUGUGGUGCUCAGCAAGUUGGACCUGAAACUGGACGUCCUUGAACAGGAGCUGAUGCUGCCUUUUACCUUCAUGAGUGGUCAUAUUCAUGAGCUACGUAUCCAUGUACCCUGGACGAAGCUGGGCUCGGAGCCUGUAGUCAUCACCAUCAACACGAUGGAGUGCAUUCUCAAACUGAAGGAUGGAGCCCAGGAUGACCACGAGAGCGGCUCGAGCUCCACCAGUCGCAGCGUCUCAGACAGCUCCAAGGCCGUGGCCAAGCCCCGCCGCCUCCAGCAGGCUGCCCCCACUGACCCUGACCUGCCUCCAGGGUAUGUACAGAGUCUCAUCAGGCGCGUGGUGAACAACGUUAAUAUUGUGGUGAACAACUUGAUCCUGAAGUAUGUGGAGGAUGACAUUGUCCUGUCAGUCAACAUUACCUCAGCAGAGUGUUACACCGUGGAUGAUAUGUGGGAGAGGGCCUUCAUGGACAUCACUGCUCCAGAGCUGGUCCUCAGGAAAGUGAUCAACUUUGCUGACUGCACUGUGUGCCUGGACAAGAGGAAUGCUAGUGGCAAGAUCGAGUUUUACCAGGACCCACUGCUGUACAAGUGCUCCUUUAGGACACGCCUCCACUUCACCUACGACAACAUCAACUCAAAGAUUCCCUCCGUCAUCAAAAUCCAGACCAUGGUUGAAAGCCUGAAGUUGUCCAUUACUGAUCAGCAGCUGCCCAUGUUUAUUCGCAUCCUGGAGCUGAUUAUUGCUCUCUACUACGGCGAAAUAGGAGGGCACAAAGAGAGUGAGGGAGAGGAGGGCAGUGGCCAUGUGAGUGAGGCUGGAGCCAUUUUAUCUGGGAUAGACGUGGACAUGGAAAGCCCAAAGACCAGCCAGUACUCCAGUCCAGACCUCUACACUGCAGCCAGCAGUCCUGACGAGAACGACCAGGGUUGGGUGUCCUGGGCUUGGUCCUUCGUCCCCACCAUUGUAGGCACAGAAGAGGAGAACGAGGAGGGCCUCUACCAGCAAAGAGAAGCAAGAGGCAUCUACAGUAACCCCCUACAGCACACAGCCAAAGACCCCAUUGUCUCCAUCGGCUUCUACUGCACCAAAGCCUCUGUUACCUUCAAGCUGACAGAAACCCAGGCAGAGAGCAGCUACUACAGCCCUCAGAAAGUCAAGUCCAGAGAGGUCCUGUGUCUGGAGCAAGAAGGAAUCACAAUAGAGGUGCUGAUGAUGGGGGAGCCCUUCUUUAAUUGCCAGAUAGGCUUUGUUGGCUGCCGGGCGCUCUGCUUGAAAGGCAUCAUGGGAGUGCGUGAUUUUGAAGAAAAUCUGAACCGAAAUGAAGAGGAUGCAGUAUUCUUCAGCUGUGGGGAAAGCCUAAGCAGUAAAGGAAUGACUUACCUAACCAACUCUCUCUUUGACUAUCGCAGUCCAGAGAACAACGGAGUCAGGGCUGAGUUCAUCCUUGAUGCUGCCAAUCACAAGGAGACCUACACGGAGAUAGCCGGCAUGCAGCGCUUUGGUGCUUUCUACAUGGAUUAUCUCUACACAAUGGAGAACAGAAGUGGGAAAGGUUCCCAGGACUCCUCCAUAGUGAGCAUAGAGGAGGUAGCACCCACUGUUCAGGAGACGUCCAUCAAGAGGCUGGUGGUGGGGCCACUGGACACGAGACUGCACAGCAGCGCCGUUCACCGGAUCCUCAAGAUGGUCACCUGUGCCAUGGACCACGAGUAUGAACCCUACUACAAACCAGGGCAAGAAAUGGUUGAUGAAAGCCAUGGUCCGACUACUCCAGAAGAUAUAUCCACCCUAGAAGAAUUCAUCCCAACCAGACUCACAUGCCUCAGUCUGCUUAGAGUCUCGAUAACUAUCUCCAUGGCUGAGUUCAACCUCCUCCACACACUGAUGCCUAUCCUCACAGGGCAGAAGGCAGCGCUGGGAUCGUUCAACAUACCGGUGUUUCAGCCGGUGCGCCCUUUACCGUCGGUACAGUUCCAAGUGGAGAGGGUGAAUGUUGAGCACUCUGUGCCCAUGUAUGCUCCUGAGCUGGUGAGCACCGUCAUCAGUCUCAGCCAGCCUUCUGACAACUUACUGCAUCACUGCUACUCACACCUCUGCCUCCAGGUGUUUGGGUUUCAGGCAGGCUUAACCUUCCAGGACGGUACAGGAGGUUUCCUCCCGCUCAUCUCAAUCAUCCCGUCCUUCAGCACUGCGCUCACAGGGAAACUCAUUCAGAUGCCUGCUUACUGGAGUAAAAGGUCUUCAGUCCCGACCGCAGAGUGUAUUUUUGAGCUCCCCCACUUCACCGUGCAAGCAACGAGGGCCCAGACGCUUUUGCUCCAAGCAAUCUGUCAGAGCUGGACCCACAGUGUGGUUAGCGGAGUCCCAUUAACACUGAGUGAAAGCCUGCUAAAUGAGGUGUACAAAACAACAGGUGUGAAGACUCCGGGGCUGUCACCGACUCUCGAGGGCUCCAUCCAGAAUCUGGAGCUGAAGUUCUGUAGCCGUGCAACAGUGAAAUGUGCCUCGGGAACCGUGGGAGCUGUAAAAGUUUGUGCCAGAACCCCAGGUUCAGGACAGGGGGCCAAGGAGAAGCUGGUUCCUCUGAUUCAGGGCCCAUCUGAUACCAAAGAACUCUACAUGAGCCGCUGGCUAAAUGAGAUUCGCAAACCUGAAUCGUUGCUCGCUCCUGACCUGCUGGCGUUUUCAGUUCAGAUUCCUCAGCAAGGAGAUGAUUGCAGAAACUCAGGUGCUGUACUGCUGGUUAGUGUCCAGGGCGUUGCUGUCAACGUGGACCCGGUCUUCUGCACAUGGCUGUUGUACCAGCCUCACAGAGGAAGCAGCCGGCAGCAGCAGACUCCAAGUACUGUUCCCCUGGCCAAGAGGAAAGAGGACGAGAUGUCUGUAGGGAGCACACCAUUGGCCAGACAGCCCUCCAAUCAGGCAUCAGACUACGCCAGCAGCCCCAUCAAAACAAAGACAGUGACAGAGUCUCGUCCCCUCUCCAUCCCAGUGAAGGUGAUGCCUGACACUUCAGCUGCAGAGGCAUGGACAGCCUCAGAGGAGAGGAUGAAGGAACUCAUUGCCCACGCUUGGGAUGCUGUAAAACGUCUCACCCUACAGCUGGAGCUUCAGUCGUGCUGUGUGUUCCUGCCUAAUGAUAGCCUGGCCUCACCCAGCACCAUCAUCUCUGGGGACAUUCCUGGAACCGUCCGUAGCUGGUACCACAACCAAGCCUCCAUGCCUGGGACUCUUGUCGUGUGCCUCCCACAGAUCACUGUCCUCAGUGCUGGCCACAAACACAUGGAACCCCUGCAGGAGCUUCCCAUCAUCAUCUCCAAGCCCAUCCUGGAUGAAGGUGAUGCUUUCCCGUGGACCAUAAGCUUGAGUCAGUUCAGUGUGUACACACUGCUGGGACAGCAGCGAAGCCUGAGCCUGUUGGAGCCCAUGGGCUGUACCUCCACACUGGCCAUCACCUCCCAUAAGCUGCAGAGCUGCUCUGAGGGAAGACACUCCUUUGUAGUUUGCCUCCAUGUUGAUCUGCAGCCCAUCCAAGUCAAGUGCUCCAACCCGCAGGUCCAGCUUUUGUACGAGCUCCUCCUCAGUUGGAGCUCUACCUGGGCUCGUCUCCAGAAGCAUGGCAUCCUGCGUCAGACCUCCAACAUUCCCGAACCUGCAGCUGCUGCUCUGUCUUCGCCGGUGCGCAGCAGUGCCGGCACAGCCCUACCAGACACCAGCACCUGUAGCCCCUCUGCAGACUUCGGCUCCCCCACUGAGGGUGAUUCAGUUCCAGCUGGCGAUGACAAUCAGUUUGCUGACAAUGUGACUCUGGAGCAGAAGACGAGCAGCAUUGGUGGCACCAGUGGGAAGGUCAGCCUGUGGAUGCAGUGGAUGCUGCCUAAGAUCACAGUUAAACUGUUUUCUCCAGACACAGCCAUCAAAAAGACAGAGAUCUGUGUCAUCAGUGAACUAGAAGAUCUGAGUGCCUCAGUAGAUGUCCAGGAUGUUUACACCAAGAUCAAAUGUAAAGUGGGCAGCUUCAACAUUGACCACUACAGAUGCAGUAAGGAGGAGGGUGUGCGGAGCUCAGGCGGCUGUGGAGGAGUGGUCCUUUCUUGCACUGACAAGCUGAACAGACGCACUGUGUUGGUUCGACCGGUCAGCAAGCAAGACACUUUCAGCCACUUUUCUGGCUUUUUCCCUCCUACGGCAGCCAAAGUCCUGGAAGGCUCUCACCAGCAGCAUGGCUUCCUUUCAAUCACCUACACCCAGGCUGUCACCAAAAACGUCCGUCAUAAACUCACCACCCGGCCUGAGCGACCGACACGGAGCGGAGCGACGAACUCCAGCCAGCGGUUCGCCUCUGAUCCCUUGGCGGACAGCUCACCUCAGUACCUGAGGGAGAUUUUGUUGACAGCCCAGCCCUUCGAUGUGGUGCUGUCAUGUCCCUUGUUGUCUACAGUAGCAGGCAUCUUUCAGACUAUCGUGCCAAGACGCUACAAGGAACGUGGCAAAUCAGGUGGUCAGCCAAUGAGAAGCCAGACACUGACAUCUCGGUGUUUGCCGCUCAUCUACAUUAACUCCAGUGUGAUCAGAGUGUUCUUCCCUGGUGCACAAGACAAAGACACAGCAACAGGAGACUCCCAUGUGAGAAAAGAAGACACCCUGGUACUAAAGCUGGGCUCCCUCAGCAUGGCUCCUCAGGCUGAUAACCCUCUGACCCGUACUGUGCUGCGGAAAGACAUCUACCAGCGUGCAUUAAACUUGGGCAUCCUGCGUGACCCUGGCUCUGAAGUGGAGGACCGUCAGUAUCAGAUUGACCUACAGUCCAUCAACAUCGGCACGGCUCAGUGGAAGCAGCUCAAGCCAGAGAAAGAAGGAAACAAAGGAAUGUCAGUGGAGAGUGAGAGAAGCACCCAGAACCCAGCCUUGGAGUGGAACAUGGCCAGCAGCAUCAGAAGGCACCAGGAGAGGAGGGCCAUCCUGACACCCAUCCUGACUGACUUCUCGGUGCGGAUCACUGCGGCCCCAGCCAUCAUCUUCAGCAAGAAUCAGUCCCUGGAGUGUGGGCAACCAGAGGAGGUGGUGGUGUGUGGCCACUCUCUGGAGGUAAAUGUGACCAGCAGUCUGGAUUUCUACCUCAGCAUUGCCCAGGUUCAACUCCUUCAGCAGCUUCUCAAAGACAACAUGGUGUGGAUGGAAGCUCCGGAGAAGAGUGCUGAGGUGCAUCAACAGCACAAGAAGCGCCGCAGCAGAGAUGCAGUAGCAGGAGUGGACUCCUCGUCCCAUCACAGCGGGGCAGGGCCAGACAGUGGCUUUGGCAGUGACAGCAGUCGCAUCCGCAUCAUUCAAAUAGAGCAGCAGAGUGGUGCCAGCCACCACUGCAUUGCCAGACCCUCACAAAAAUCCACCAUCACCAAGAAUCUCAGUUUCAUCCCUUUUGACAUCUUCCUCACUGCUAGUAAGCUGUCAGUCAUGACCUACGAUUACGCCAGUCCAGCUAAGGCUGGCCAGUCUUUGUCAGAAACUCCCAGCUCACAGGAGAAGAAGGAGCCAGGAGAGAAGGUAGGAAGACAUGUCCUUAACCAGCCAGAGAUCCUCUCUGAGAUUUCUUCAACCUCAGCCUCCCCAGUUCCAGACUCUGCUCCAGCUGGUUCCCUAGCUGGCCUCACAGCUGAUGACAUUCUCAACAGUAACACCUCCCAGCUCACCUCUCCUCUGCCAAGGAGUACCUUUCUCUCCCUGGACGGCCUACCAACACCUAGUCGGUCCUCUGCCCGCCAAGCGCUAGGCGUGACCGUCGUGAGGCAGCCAGGCAGGAGAGGGGCUGAGGACCAAUUGCUGGAACCCCUUUUGUACCUCCAAGUGAUGCAACCUUUUGCUCUGCUCAGCUGCCAUCACCGCAAGCAAAGGAUGGAGUUUUCAGUGUUUGACGUGGCUCUAAAAGGAGUGCCUUCUGACUACAAGUGUCUAGACCCUGGAAAAUCUCUGCCUGAGUCAUUGGACUACAAUGUGUUUUGGCUGCAGACAGUAGCAGGAGAGGUGGACAACAAAACAGGCAUCCCUCCCCCUCUGCUCUGCCUCAGUAUCAAAGAUUUCCUCAAUGGACCAGCUGAGAUGAACGUGGAGCUAUCACGGCCCCUGAAAAUCAACCCCACACUGGCAAAGCUUGAGCAGUCCAAAGCCUACCUGGAGAAGGUCCUACCGAAUCAUAUGUGGGACAGUACAAGCAAGACUCCGGCUGCUGCCUCCAGCACCCAUUCCUCCCCAGUGAGGACUCUGCCAAGGACCUAUCCCUUUCCCUCCGACCCCCACCAUCAGGCCUCUGCCCUGGACAAAGCCGGCAUCAUCAGAGCCACAGCACUCUCCUUCCACAGGGUCUCUGUUCACACGGCCCAGAUUGUGGUCGUUCUGGAGACGGAGGCCCACCCAGUCAGGCCCAGUGUGACCGUGACUGUGUCGGCAAUGACGGGAAGCCUGGACAUGAAGUCUGGGACUCGGAUGGAAGAUGCCCUGCAGGCCGCGUCUGUGCAGCUGGAGCUUCAAGAUCUGUUAGUGAAAACAGGUCUGAAAGACCGAAGUCGACUUCUGCUCGGACCGUUCUCCUGCAGCACUUCCCUGGAGGCUCAGUGGUGUCGGCACAGCGGCAGCCCUGGACCAGAGCCCGGCCUCCCUAAACUACUACUGAACCUCAAGGGAGGCCUUUUGCAGGUCUUCUGGGGCCAAGAACAUCUGAACUGCCUGAGGCUGGUUGAAGAGCACCUACAGAUAUACCUAAACUUCCAGAGAGGGGAUUCAGCUGAUAGCCGUUGUGAAAGCAAGGCCUGCAACACCCAGCCACCUUCCUCUUCUGGCUCUCCCACUCCUCUGACGGAGCACAGCUCAGAUGAUUUGCGCACAGGACAUUUUCAGUACAUCCAGGACUCAGCUUCUCAGAGACUCCCAGGGCCCCAUGAGGUGGUCUUUUACAGUGAGACAGAGGACAGCCCGGGGAUGAUGCUGUGGAGAUACCCUGAACCUCGUGUCCUUACCUUCGUCAGAAUAACUCCUGUCCCUUUCAACACUACAGAGGACCCUGAGAUCAGCACGGCUGACCUGGGGGACGUCCUGCAGGUACCAUGCAGCCUCGAGUACUGGGAUGAGCUCCAGCAGGCCUUCGUUCCGUAUCGCGAGUUCAGACUUUCAGAGAGCAGUGCAUGCCAGCUGCAGCUGCCGAGCCUCAGCCUCACCAACCAACAGAAGGAGCUGGUGGCCUCAGACUUGUGGAGGAUAGUUCUCAAUAAUAAUGGAGAGGGGGGCGAUGAGCAAAGCUCCGACAGUGAGUGUGGAUCCCAGCUGCCAUGCGAUCAGCUGGUAUCCCCUGUGGCGUUGGCUGCCUGCACACGUGUGGACUCCUGCUUUGCAUCCUGGUUUGUUCCCUCCCUGGGUGUGUCUCUACAGCUAGCACAGCUAGAUGUUCACCUCUGCCACCACCUAGAACAGCUCGGCACAGCUCCAUCUAGACAACUCCGUCCCUUCCUGCCGGACAGGAAGUUACCACAAGAGCAAGAGUUUAUGGUGAUUGGAGCUCGGGAGCCCCGUGUUUUCCUGCGCCAGUGGAGCAACGGACAACGUCACUGUCAGGAAUUCAACUUUUCCACACAGCUCAACUGCAAGUUGCUGGAGUACCGAAACCUAACGCACCUACAGCUGUUUCAGCCUUGUGUUAUACAGGGCCAGGCUGCAGCUACUUGCUGUCCCCAGAACACUACGCUGGAUGUGAACAUAUUUUUGGAUCCAGUUCUGCUGAAUGUUAGCCAGUACACCAUCCAUACUUUGGACACUGCCUUGCAGAGCUGGCAACAGAAUGGGAACCCAGAGGCUGAGGAGCUUGUCUACAGCCACUUUGUAAUCUGCAACGACACCAAUGAGACGCUGCGCUUUGGCCAGGUGGACACGGAUGAGAACGUGCUACUGGCCAGCCUCCACAGUCACCAGUACAGCUGGAGAUCACACAAGUCCCCUCAGCUGCUUCACAUCUGCAUCGAGGGAUGGGGAAACUGGCGAUGGUCAGAGGCCUUCAGUGUGGACAACAUCGGGACUCUGCUGAGGACCAUUCAGUACAAGGGGCGCACCGCCUCCCUCAUCAUCAAGGUGCUGCAGCUCAAUGGUGUCCAGAAACAGGUCAUCAUUUGUGGCCGCCAGCUGAUGUGCAGCUACCUGACUCAGGACAUUGAGCUGCGGGUGGUGCAGCACUAUGUGGGGCCUGACAACCAGACGGUGGUCAGGGAACACUGUGACUGCCUGGAGGCAGGAGCCAAGCUGCCGUCGUAUGUGCUGGAAGAUGCUGAGAUGACAGAGCUGUGUGUGAGGGCACAGGGGGAUGAAGAAUGGUCUCAGGACGUCCAGCUGGAGAGGAGGGACAAGGGCAGCAGCCACUCUGUCAUACAGUUACCGUGCUCCAGUGGUUCUCUGCUGUAUGUGUGGUGUACUCUUAUCACACUAGAACCAGACUCCCUGAUGCAGCAGAGAUUGGUGGUUUUCAGUCCACUGUUUGUCAUGAGGAGCCAUUUGCCAGAUCCUGUAACGGUCCACAUAGAGAAGAGGAGUCUAGGACUGAGAGAGAGCCAGCUGAUACUUGGCCAGGGCCAUCAGGAGCCCCUGUUAAACACAGAGGCAGACAUCACCCAUCACCUCACCUUCCAGGCCAGGGAGGAUGAAGAUGCUUCCCACUGUGCUGUACCAAUCUCCACCAGCCUAAUCAAACAGAUUGUGAACAAAGCUGGAAACGAAGACAACCUCAACCACAUUCUGGCAGACUUCUACGGCCCAAAGGUCCCUGAUGAGCCCCCAUGGCCGUACAUUACCAAGGAUUCAGAAAAGCCUGAGCUGGACCCCCUUGCCCAGUGGGACAGUCCCAUGCAGGUCAAGUUGUCCUGCUGGAAGUCUGGCCUGAACACGCUGCUUAUAGAAUUGCUGCCCUGGGCUCUGCUGGCGAACCAUUCUCAAUGGGACCUUUGGCUGUUUGAGGGGGAGACCAUUGUUUUACAAAUACCUGCUGGCAAGGUCAUCGUCCCCCCGAACUUCAAGGAAGCCUUUCAGAUUGGUAUUUAUUGGGCCCACACAAACACCGUCCACAAGUCCACAGCACUGAAACUGGUCCACGACGUGACCUCCCCUCGAUGGAAGGAGGGAUCGGGUUCAGAGGUGGUCACUCUGGAUGAAGAGGGAUAUGUAGAGGCUGACAUCACUCUGGGAGCAUUUCCUGGCAAACAAAAGCUGUGCCAGUUCUGUGUGUCAUCUGUGGUGAGACACGGCAUCCAGAUCCUGCAGAUAGAGGACAAAACAAUCCUUGUCAACAAUACUCCUUUUAUGAUCCAGUACAGACCUCUCAUGUCUCACCAUGCAAUGGGAACUGAUGGCCAGGCCUGUGAGAUACCAGACACGGCGGUGUUCAGCCUCGCCCCUGCUGAGGAGUCAUCCCCGGCAAAACCCUGCUCCGUGCCAUGUUGGGAUCUCCUCCAAACCAACAUCCAGGGAAAGGUGGAGUUCCCCUUGCCACUCAAGCACAUGCUCUUCAGCUUGUUUCCCAAGCCUGAUGUUGGAGUUGGAUCUGCUGCGUGGAGCCUUCCUGCUCCGAUUCGAUCAGACUUUCUGAGGCAGAGUUUGUCCGUUCCUGGAGAACCGAACUCUGGGGGUGGCCUGAACAGCAGAGGCAUAAUUCUGACGUAUCAGGAACACCUCGGGGUGACAUACAUCACCCUGAAUGAGGACCCCUCUCCUCGAAUGCUGAUCCACAACAAGUGUCCCAUCCCGCUGCUUCUCAAAGAAAAUGUCAAAGAAACUCCAAGGACUGAGGUUUACUGCUGUCCUCUGCCAGCUAACUGCUCUCUGCAGCAUGAGCUCUACCACCAAUCUUCCAGUUUCCCUGAAUGCAGACAGAAAGAGACAUUGCCCACGCUGCAGCUGAAAACCAACUCAGAGCACAGCUCCACCGACUGGACUGAUCCCAUAGAUAUCAACAGCCCGGGCACACAGGUUGUGUUCCUGCCUGGCUUUGGCUGUCUCUACAUUGAUGUGGAGUUUAAGAACGGCACCCUGGUUCUGUCUCUGGCUCCAGAGGGCAGUGUGGAUGCUGUCAUCAACCAGCACAGCAGGUCUUCAAACCUGUCCUUCAGAGUCCUCCUGAGUGAAGCCAGCGUGGUGCUCAAUGAUGACAUCACCAGCUCCUCAGGUUCAGUGGAGCUGCUGAGGCUAACGUUGACCAAACUGCUCCUCAGCAUGACUCCAGCACCCACCUCCCUGCCCUUGGAGCUGGCAGCUGACCCCGGAAUCGGCACGGUGCCCAUCUCUGCCCUGACGCCCGAUGGGUCCCUGAUCGAGGUCUACUGCUCCGGUCUGCAGGUGGACAACCAGCUGUAUAACCGAGCAAGUUUUCACUUCCCGGUGCUGCUGUGCCAGGAUCAGAGAGGGGGAGUCGAGCUUGGAGGUCCAUGGAGCAGUGAUGUCAACCCGACCCGAUCGCUUGAAGCCCUGGAAGAGUUUAAACACUCUUGUUUUUUGCAGCUGAAGAUAUUCCUGGCAGGGGACAGAUGCACCAUGGAGGAGGUCACCCUCCAGCUUCAGCCUGCCAGAGUCUACCUUGAGGACACUUUUGUUUACUACAUUAAGACUCUGUUCCACACCUACAUCCCUGACAGCGCCAUGAGAACCGCCGCAGUAAAGACCCAAAGGAGUAAAGAGCUUGGAUCAGCCCCCACACUCCCUGAGCAGGUACUGCAGUCAGUGCAUGCUUUGGUCCACCCUGUGAGACUUCAGAGACUGACCAUCGAGCCCAUUAACCUUCUGGUCAGCAUCCAUGCCUCACUCAAGCUGUACAUCGCGUCAGACCACACUCCUCUCUCCUUUUCCCUGUUCGAGCGGGGCCCGCUCUGCACCACAGCCAGACAGCUAGUCCAUGCCCUGGCUAUGCACUACGCUGCUGGAGCCCUCUUCAGAGCUGGUUGGGUGGUGGGAUCUUUGGAGAUUCUGGGUAGUCCUGCCAGCCUGGUCAGGAGCAUCGGUAACGGGGUGUCAGACUUCUUUCGGCUGCCUUAUGAGGGUCUUACCCGGGGUCCUGGAGCCUUUGUCAGCGGAGUGUCCAGAGGAACCACCUCCUUUGUCAAACAUAUCUCAAAAGGAACGCUGACUUCCAUUACAAACCUGGCAACAAGCCUGGCAAGGAACAUGGACCGCCUUUCUCUAGAUGAGGAGCAUUACACGAGGCAGGAGGAGUGGAGACGGCAGCUACCAGAGAGCCUCGGGGAUGGACUGAGGCAAGGCCUGUCCAGACUGGGCAUUAGCCUGUUGGGAGCGAUAGCAGGGAUUGUGGACCAGCCAAUGCAGAACUUCCAGAGGAACUGGGAGAUGCAGAGCUCAGCUGGUAGUCAGGCCAAAGGGGUCAUUUCAGGAGUUGGGAAAGGGAUUGUGGGGGUUUUCACCAAGCCCAUCGGAGGAGCAGCUGAACUGGUGUCCCAAACAGGAUAUGGGAUCCUCCAUGGAGCAGGACUCUGGCAACUUCCUAAACAACUGUACCUGCCCACGGAGGAGAAGUCCGCUCUCGCUCCAAACAGCCACCUUAAAUAUGUCUGGAAGAUGCUUCAGUCUCUGGGGCGACCUGAGCUUCACAUGGCCCUGGAGGUGACGAUUGUGAGUGGGUCGGGUCAGCAGCAUGGCGGCUGUCUGCUCCUCACCUCUGAGGUUUUGUUUGUGGUCAGCCUCAGUGAGGAUACCCAGCAGCAGGCUUUCCCCAUCACAGAGGUGGAGUGUCAGCAGGACCCAGGACAGCAGGGCCAGCUCACCCUGACCUUACAGCAGCAGACCGUUGUCAGUGAUACGGAGGGUGACGGCGCCCGUGAAAGGCUGUCAGAGCAGCAGUAUCGGCGGCUGGUGGAUUACGUGAUGAGAGCCUCCCAGUUCCUUUCCCCGUCUGCCUCUUCUCUCCAGCUGCAGCCGCCGGUGACUCUUGCCAGCCCCCCACCUUCUGUCACCAAGUCCUACUGCUACUUGGUGGAUCCUGCCUUCUGCAAGGUGUUUGUCAGCAAGUUCACCAUGGUGAAGAAUAAGGCCUUACGUAUCGGAUUCCACUAACAGGAUGAAAAGAUUUUUACUGUUCAAAUUAAUAUCAGCCUUAAGAAACACUCUGAGACGACAAAUGCUCACUUAUGCAAAGAUAGAACUGUUAAAGUGAGUAUUUCUUUAUCCAAGUAAGUCCAUGUAGAUAAUUCUUAGACAUUGUUUAUGAAGUUGUAUUUUUUUAACAGUUAUAAAUUCAUUGUAAUUACAGAGAAACUUGGUGGGGACAUCAUGUUUUUAAGCGUAGGCACACAGUCAGUUCAGAUGUUGCAGUAAACGAAGUGUGUGACCUUAAACUUGGACCAACAGUGUUCUCUUCAUACUUCCAAUGAAGGCUCCGGCACUUUCCCAGUGCUGUGAACUCCGCUAAAGAGUCUGAUACAUUUCUCGUGAAGUUGCCUUCAGUGUCUCAGUGCAGGUUGAGAUAAGGAGUGUUUACAUUGAGUGAACUGUGUUUUGUGCCAAUUUUAAGUGCAAUAUUAUAAAAGUGUUUGGACACUAGAGACAGCAGCUGUAACCCAAAUAUUUUUACAGAUGAUGUAACAUACUUGUUCAAUGAUAACACUGUGCUCGGUAACCCUACAUCGAUGCCAACCCUUUGUGAUGAUGCUGCCAUGUUUUUGCCUUUAAUAUUGUAGAGCUCUAUGUGAAACUGAAGUCUAAUGCCUUGAAUGUUAAUGAAUAAUAUAUAAAUGGAGAACAUUUUAAUAAAAACAUCAAACAUGUUUGUGAUUCUAUCAUUGAAUAGUGAAUAACCAGUCUAAAUGAAUCUGGAAUCAAACA